CUAUUGGUCUUAAUUCUGCAUUCAUCACAUCAAAUACAUCCUAAGUUUACUCGUUUAUGUCUACUUUUCAUUCUUCACAUACCAAGUUCCUUCGAUUCGAUCCCCUUCUCUUUUCUUCUCUCUUCUCUCCCUCUAUUUUCAUUGUGCGACCAAAUUCAUAUUUCAUGCUCCUUCUCAUUCCAAUCAUUAAGUUCUGAACGUUUUCGGGUAAACGCUUAGCCAUAUUAUCUAUUCAAUCUUGCUUGUGUGGCGAUAAUGACGACAUAUCCCCCAUUAUUUUUUUCAAACGUAAACGAAAUUUGAAGACCCAUUGUUCGCUUUCCCAUUCUCCAACCAUCGCAAACCCACCACCGCCCCAAAGUUGAAUCCUUUCUUCAUCGGAUACCCCGAAUUUUGUUCCGGUAAGAAAAGAUCGAAAUUUUAACUUUGUUCUUUUGGGUACCCGAGCGUUUAUUUCGUGUAAAAAAAAUCUGCUAUUCAUGUUCUGAUUUCGUAUUUGAGGUUCUCCGUUAUGGAUAUGCGAGGAGAUGGGAUUUUCCCGGAUGAGGUUGUCAUUCAGAUUCUUGCAAGGUUGCCUGUGAAGUCCCUUUUCAAGUUCAAAACCGUGUGCAAACUGUGGAAUAGGUUGUCUUUGGAUAAGUAUUUUGUUCAACUCUACAAUGAGGUUUCUAGGAAGAACCCCAUGAUUCUGGUCGAGGUUUCUGAUUCGUAUGGGUCCAAAUCUAGCUUAAUAUGUGUUGAUAAUUUAAGGGGUGUGUCUGAAUUUUCACUGAGUUUCUUGAAUGAUAGAGUUAAGGUUCGAGCAUCUUGUAAUGGCUUGCUGUGUUGCUCUAGUAUUCCUGAUAAGGGUGUCUUCUAUGUCUGCAAUCCGGUCACUCGCGAGUACCGGUUGCUUCCCAAGAGUAGGGAAAGGCCUGUGACUCGGUUUUAUCCGGAUGGUGAGGCUACCUUGGUUGGCUUGGCCUGUGAUUCUUCUUAUCAGAAGUUCAAUGUUGUUCUGGCGGGCUACCAUCGCACUUUUGGUCAUAGGCCGGAUGGGAGUUUCAUAUGUUUGGUCUUUAAUUCUGAGUUGAACAAGUGGAGGAAGUUUGUCUCAUUACAAGAUGACCAUUUCACUCACAUGAAUAAGAACCAGGUUGUUUUUGUCAAUAAUGCUCUGCACUGGUUGACAGUUAGCUCUACUUAUAUACUUGUGCUUGAUUUAAGUUGUGACGUUUGGAGGAAGAUGCAACUACCUUAUGACUUGAUUUAUGGAAAUGGUUAUAGGAUUUAUCUCUUGGACUUUGAUGGCUGCUUGUCUGUUAUUAAAAUUUCAGAAGCAUGGAUGAAUAUAUGGGUGCUAAAAGAUUACUGGAAUGAUGAAUGGUGUAUGGUGGAUAAGGUGAGUCUGAGGUGUAUCAGAGGAAUGGUACCAGGCAUUUUCCCGAUCAGUCAGACAGGUGAAUAUGUUUUUUUGGCAACUCAUAAGCAGAUUUUGGUGUAUCAUUGCAAGAGUCAAGUUUGGAAAGAAAUGUACUCUGUGAAGUAUAGCUCUACACUCCCAUUAUGGUUUUCUGCUCAUGCAUAUCGCAGCACAAUGUUCUCAUGCAACUGAGUCACGGUGACUUCAUCAAAUAACUUUUGUCCUAUCACAAAAUAUUUUAGCAUCAUCUAUUGGAUUUAUCUGUCACUCGCACAAAGUACAAAACAGGUGAGAUUUAUCUCUCUAUCAACUAAAUCUUGUGGCGAUAUUGUUAGCCACUUUUAUGUGUUUGAUGUGGUGGAUACCUGAUAAUUCCACAAUGAUUAGGAUUGCU